CGUGACUAAUUCGUGUUUUAGUAUAUGUAUUAUUGUUAUUAUUUUAGUAUAGACUUAUAACUCAUUUAGUGAACUUUUAUAUAGUUUAUUUACAUUUUUACCAAGUCUAAAGCUGUUGUAGAUUGUAAUUUUUAGAAACUUAUUUACGUUAUCAUGCCGAUAAUAUGUCAUGUUUGUAACGAUAAAAAAGCGUUGCUGAAGCGUCCGAAAACUGGUCAUGCUUUAUGCAAGGAAUGUUUUUAUUGGGCGUUCGAAAGUGAAAUCCACCACACCAUAGUUACUGGAAAGUUGUUUAAGGAGGGAGAAAUUGUAGCCAUCGGUGCAUCUGGCGGUAAAGACUCUACUGUGCUUGCACAUACACUGAAAGUGCUCAAUGAGCGAUAUAAUUACGGAUUAGAUUUGCGACUUUUGUCGAUUGACGAGGGCAUCACUGGGUAUAGAGAUGACUCCCUUGAAACAGUGAAGCGAAACCAACAAGAAUAUGACCUGCCUCUCACCGUUUUAUCAUACGAAACUUUAUAUGGUUGGACCAUGGAUGCGAUUGUGAAGAAAAUAGGGAAGAAAAACAAUUGCACGUUCUGUGGGGUGUUUAGGCGGCAGGCUCUGGACAGAGGAGCUAUGAUGCUAGGGGUAAACAAGAUCGCAACCGGACACAAUGCAGAUGAUAUUGCUGAAACGAUCCUAAUGAACAUUUUACGAGGUGACAUUGCCCGUUUAAAGCGUUGCACUGCAAUUAUCACUGGUGAUGAUCCAAGUGGGAUACCUCGUGUCAAGCCUUUUAAAUACACCUACGAAAAAGAAAUCGUGGCGUAUGCUUACUUUAAAAAACUUGAUUACUUUUCUACAGAGUGCAUCUACUCACCAGAUGCAUACCGUGGGCAUGCGCGAGCUUAUUUGAAAGACCUUGAAUCCAUUCGACCGAGUACAAUAAUAGACAUCAUUCACUCUGGAGAGAUGCUUUCAGUUUGUCAAGGCGUUAAACUACCAAGUCAACUGAAAUGCGUUCGGUGCGGCUAUAUCUCAUCCAACGAACUAUGUAAAGCUUGCAUUCUGCUCGAGGGUCUAAACAAAGGCAAACCCAAACUUGGGAUAGGCAAAACAAGUAAAGUUACUCAACAAUUAAAGUUGUCAAAGAGCGAAGAAGCUUCCUGUUCUGGAGGUUGUAACAAAGCAGGGGGUUGUGGCAGCAAACCCUAACACAAACAACAUAAAAUUCUGUUAUUUAUGUUCUUGUACCAUUGAAAGAUACCAUUAUGUUGUUUUGUUCUACCUAGUGGUGGUAAUUUUAUCUUUUAUCUCUUUUAUUCUUGUCACAUAAUACUCAUUAAAAAAUGUUGAUAUAAUUAGUCUAAAAAGAUUUUGUUCGGGUAUUAGUUUGGAUUUUGGUAUGUUCGGAACUUGAUUUGUGAAAAUAAGUGUUUUGAUUAAAUUUUCAAUGUGAAAAUUGCAG